AUGUCUGACGAAGAUCUCGAAAACAUCCGCCGCGCGCGUCUGCAGCAGCUGCAGCAACAAGGUGGAGGCGGCGGAGGCGGCGGCGAAGGCUCAGAGCAAGAAUCAAAACAACAACGAGAGGCCGACCAACGCUCCUCGAUCCUCUCGCAAAUCCUGACGCCCGACGCGGCUGACCGCCUGGGCCGGAUCCGGCUCGUCAAAGAGUCGCGCGCGACGGACAUUGAGAACCGCCUGAUUAUGCUGGCGCGCACGGGGCAGAUACGGCAGAAAGUGAGUGAGGAGCAGCUCAAGGAGAUUUUGGGGGCCGUCGCGGAACAGAAUGAAAAGGAGGAGCAGAAGAUUGUGGUGCAGAGGAGGGGCGGGGGAGGGUGGGAUGAGGAUGACGAGCUGGAGGAGUUGAUGAAGGAUGUCUAG